AUGUUUAAUCCAUUCUUUACACAACCUUCUGGUGGCGCCAAUGUCAAUCCAUCCAAUGUGAAUGGUUCAAAUCAAUUCAAUAAUAGUGUUGCUGGUACGUAUAACAGUUGUAGUAAUAGCAGUGGGAGUACAAUGCCAAACUUAUUUUCAGACAUGAUUAAUGUGAACAGAAGAAUGAUGAUGGGAGGAUUUAGCAUGCCAAGUGUGAAUUUUGGUAUGACAGUGAUGGGUCAAUCGAGCACUACUAAUAUGACAAAUAGUGGGAUGCUUGGUGGAGGAAUGAUUAUGCCAUCAAGUAAAACACAUGAAAUGUGUGACUUGUCUGGAAAGUGGCAAGACAAAUCUGGUAUGGUUUGGCACAUUACUCAAAAUGGAAAUACGUUCCAAAUGAUUGAGGAAAGGAGUAAUUUCACAGGAAAGGGUUCAGUUAUUUCGAGCAAUAUUAAUGGAACCGAAUGGGUAAUUCAUGUGUCAUUAACUGCCAGAACAUUACAAGUUAAUAAUCGUUUACAAGCAUUCGACAAUAACAUGCUGGUUGGUCAAAGGGAUUUUUUCAAAUUAAUUGAGAAAUUUAACACUAAUGUGAAACCAUCCCCAAACAACGUGAUAGAUCCAAAUUUGAGUUUGAAAUUGGUUGGAUCAUCUUUUAAAUCAAAGAGUGGCGAAUGGCAAGUGGUAAUGAAACUAAAUGAAGGAUUAUACGCAAUUAAGAAUGGAAGUGGAAUUAUGAAGCAUUUGUGUAUCACCCCAGACAAUAAUGGUCAAUUAAUGGUUUUCAUUUCACAAGAAAACAAAUCAGGUAAGGGAGAAGAGGCCCUCUUCUGUUUAACAGCCGAUAUCUCACACUUGUCUCUUUCCAAUGGAGAAGUUUGGACCUUAGAGGCUCCUCCAACUAUCAAUUCCCAUGUCUACUCAUCAAUUUAUCAACAACCUCAAACUUAUAGUCAACCAGGCUAUCCAAUGUAUCAACAACCACCAACUCAACCAAAUUACUACCCUCCAAACAAUUCAUAUCCACAACCUCCAAAUCUUUACCAACAACAACCUUUUAAUCCUUACCCACCACAAUACGGGCAUCACCAUCAACCACAACCAAAUUAUUAUCCUCCAAAUAAUUCAUAUGUUCCACCUCCGCAAACUGUCUCACCUCCACCAAAAACUAUUGGUUGGGUGGAAAGCAUUUUGGCUUGUAAAGACGAGAGUUCGAAUAGAAUUCUUGAAAAAAUUGAUCAAUAUUCAAAGAGCCAAUAUGAAAAAUGUGAAUCUCAUCAUCUGAAACAAAUUUUAAAACUUUUAACUCAUGGACCACACCAACGUGAUGCAAUCUCCUUAUUAAGCAAAAAUUUAGCAAUUGGAUAUUUAACUUGUAGUUCAGUAGCUACAGAUAUUGUUCCUUGCUUUGACUUUUUCUCUCAUACUUUUGAAUCAAUCACUACUUUAGCUCCACAAAUAACAGACAGACGUCAAAAUGCAGAAGUAAUUUGUAAAUGUUUCAAUGAUAUUGAUGCCAAGAAAGUGAGAGAACUGUUAAUGAAAUAA